AUGGGCGGCGCCGGCGAUACCUCGGCGGCUUUAGACGCCGCCGCGCAAAUCCGCAAGGUCAACCUGAAGGCUUCGUCUGGGCUCCCGGGAUUGAUACAGAACAAAAAAGUCUUCGGUGUUGCGAUGUUCGCUUGUCUUGGAGGUCUCCUCUACGGUUAUAACCAGGGCGUGUUCUCUGGCGUCCUGGUUAUGCACUCUUUUGAGGAGCAUAUGGGAGAUGCGGUCACAAACGAGACAAAGAAAGGAUGGCUUACAUCUAUCCUCGAACUUGGUGCUUGGCUUGGCGCUUUAUAUUCCGGUGUACUCUGUGAAAGAUUCUCCCGAAAAUACACGAUCCUUGCGCACGUAUGCAUUUUCUGUAUCGGCGUCGUGAUUCAGCUUACCGCGGCUGCCGGCAGCGGAAGCUCAUCGAAUAUUUUGGGAGGUCGAUUCGUCACGGGUAUGGGUGUGGGAAGCCUCUCAAUGAGUGUUCCCAUGUACAACGCUGAAAUAGCACCGCCUGAGGUCUCCUUCUGGAUAAACUACGGAACAAACCACAUCGGUGGCACUGGUGAGACUCAAAAAGAUACUGCGUGGCUCUUACCCUUGGCUCUUCAACUCGUCCCAGCUGUCAUCUUAGGAGUCGGCAUGAUCUUUAUGCCAUUCUCUCCUCGCUGGCUUGUACACCAUGGCAGAGAAGAAGAGGCUCUCAAGGUUCUUACUAGCCUUCGUGGAUUGGAGGCGGACGACCCCGUGUUGCAGCUAGAGUUCCUAGAGAUCAAAGCCCAGAGCGUCUUCGAAAAACGUACUGAGAAGGAAAGGUUUCCUCAUCUGGAGAGGUCCAGUCUCUGGAGUUAUUUGAAGCUUGAAGCUGCCGGUUACAAGAGUCUCUUCACCAGCUGGCCCAUGUUCAAACGGGUGAUUGUUGCUACAGUCACUAUGACUUUCCAGCAAUGGACAGGCGUCAAUGCAAUCCUCUACUACGCCCCCACCAUCUUCGAACAACUCGGAAUGAGCAGCAACACCACGUCACUCCUCGCCACAGGCGUCGUCGGCGUAGCAAUGUUCCUUGCAACAAUUCCAGCCGUAAUCUGGGUCGACAACGUCGGUCGCAAACCCAUCCUACUUAUCGGCGCCAUCGGCAUGGCAGCCUGCCACUUCAUCAUCGCGGGUAUCUUCGCCGAGAACGAAACGCAGUGGGAGUCGCACCGCGCCGCAGGCUGGGGUGCCGUUGCCAUGGUCUGGCUGUUCGUCAUCCACUUCGGAUACUCGUGGGGCCCUUGUUCCUGGAUUAUCAUCGCUGAGAUCUGGCCACUUAGCGUGCGUGCAAUUGGGACGAGUUUGGGCGCUUCGGCUAACUGGAUGAACAACUUCAUCGUCGGCCAAGUGACACCGGACAUGCUCGCCGGCAUCCGAUACGGCACAUAUAUUUUUCUCGGUUUAAUGACGACACUUGGCGCGCUGUUCAUUUUCUUCUUUGUCCCCGAGACGAAACAAGUCUCGCUCGAGGAAAUGGACGUUAUCUUCGGUUCGGAGGGCACGGCCGUUGCGGAUCAUGAGCGACAGGCUGAGAUCUCACGCGAAAUCGGGCUUGAUGAGGCGUUAGCCAGGUUUUCUACAAGGUCUGGGGCUACUCUUGCAGAGGUGGAGCCAAAGAACGCAUGA